AACUCUGCCCAAAUCCUACGAAAACUUCCGACUCAAUGCCGUAAUGGGCAAGAAAAAGUUCACUCUAAAUGAACUGCUUAAUGAGUUGGUAGCGGCCGAGGGGGUCAUGGGAAAGAGUCCACAGGCUUUGGCCACUGCCACAGGACCCAGUUUUCCACCGAAAGGUAGGAAGAAGAAAGGGCCCCAUGGCAAGAAAGGCCAAGAAAAAGGUGGGAGCAAGAAGAAGCCAGGCCCUACCGGAGGCAUUAAAAAGCCAAAAGGGAAAGGCAAGUGCUUCAAGUGUCAGAAAACUGGACAUUGGAAAUCCGACUGUCCCAUGAUGAAGAAAGCUCAAGGGGUUCCUGCGGACAAGGGAGCUUAGUGGAGGCGAGCUGUCACUCUCCAUGGGAAAUGAAGCAAGCUUACCCGUUGUUUCAAUUGGAG